GGAAACGGCGUAUGCUUGUAUACAACCCUGAUUUCCAUUUUUUUCCCAACUCGUAAUGUAUUUAAUUCAAGUGAAACGUAAUCAUGACGUGUCGUGUCAUUAAUCUCCUCGCCGCCUCUCCCAAAAUUAAAGGAGGAGGCUGCCACAGAAGAGUGUCCCCUGUCAGCCAAGACACUAAAGAAUGGCAUAACAUCACACACACUUCUGAGGAUGGAUUCUCCGCCAGAGUGUGUGUUGUCUCUUUCUUGUGAGCAGCCCCAGUCUCCCCCGACACUGCCGUCCCUGGACCACAGCCCCCAGGCCUCUUCUCCUCACACCCAGCUCUCUCUACCUGACAGCCCGGUCGUGCUGCCCAUUCAAAGCCCCGAACCUUCCCCCCAGAGCCCGGACACCACACCUUAUUUCCCCCUCUCUCCCUUCCCCCUCCACGAGGACAACAACAACAAUCACCACGAUAUUGAUGAAGAAGAUGACGAGGAAGGGCUGGAUGGAGUACCUCCAUCCCCGACCCCUGCGGUGGCUCUGUUCCCAGGAGGAGGGGGACAAGAGGCUGGGUGCAGCCCUUGCUUGGACUCCUCUCCUCCAGCCACACCAUCCGCUCCGGCCCUUGGGUUUGGAGCCCUGGAGCUGGCCCUCUCAUCUGGGCCGAGUGGAAACUGCAACGACGAGCUAGACCUCCAGCUGUUUCAGAAAGAUACUGUCACCAGGGCGAUACCUGGAGUGGGAGCGGCUUCACCGGGGCCGGCGCUCAGGUUUCCCUGUCAUGUAUGUGGGAAGAGAUUCCGAUUCCAAAGCAUUUUGUCUCUUCACGCCCGAGCUCACAGUCUGGACCGAGACCGCCGAGCUUCAGCCCUGUACCGUACUGGACUCCCCUCAGCACCUCUAAAGCAGCACCUCAAAAUCCAACAGAACCACAAAGACUUAAUACUGAAUCACAGAAGUCACCCAAACCAGCGUAUACUGCCAGGGACUCUCAUCCAGCAUCUCACAGAAGAAGAGGAUGAUGAGGUCAAAGGUCUAGAUGACGGCCUACACACAGACCAGAACCCAAACUUUUUGCUGGAUGACAGCACACCUCUGACCCCUCCACUUACAGAGGACCCUGUUUCUGUGACCCCUCCCUAUUCCUCUACCAUUGGGGAGGGUGCGUCUACUCCUUCAGCACCCACGUUCCGCUGCCAUGCCUGCAAAGGAAAAUUCCGCACGGCUUCGGAGUUGGCACGCCACGUCCGCAUUCUCCACAACCCGUAUAAAUGCACUCUUUGUCCUUUCUCUGCCAGCCAAGAGGAGAGCUUGGCAUCUCACUUGCAGGAGUGCCACCCUUCCCCUGAGGUACCUGCUCUGCCGCCGGCCUUCAAUUCCAGGGCGGUCAUUGCAACCCCAGAUACUCCUGUGCCCACCCCAACCCAUACCCCAGCCCCGACCCCAAGUACCCCGCAGGUGACAGUGGUAGCUACAGCGGCUGCGUCCCCUACACUGCCAGCAUUUCGCUGUGAUACUUGUGGACAGCGGUUUACCCAGUCUUGGUUCCUGAAGGGACACAUGCGAAAGCACAAGGACUCCUUGGACCAUAAGUGCCAAGUAUGCGGCCGUGGCUUCAAAGAGCCUUGGUUCCUCAAAAACCACAUGAAAGUACAUCUCAACAAGCUUGGGCUGAAGGCCGGGCUGGGAACCCUUGGGGGACCGGGAAGUGCGGAGCAGCAAGCCAAAGGCUCUGCUAGUAAUCAGUCUCUCAACGCCCUCUAUUCAAGCCUCCUUCUGGCCCAGCAAAGAGGUGGGAGAGGUGGACAAGGAAGAUCAGAGAGGGAAACUGGAAGCAGAAUGGGGAUGGGCUCGAGCAAGUCAGCCAUCCUGGGAUACCUCGGGCUGCCCAGUGAUGGGAGUGGGGCCAGCUGCAUGGAGAGACUUCAAGCAGUGGCUCAGGUGGCAGAGAUGGGCAAUGGUGGUGGUGGCUCAGGAGAAGGAGGCCCAGGAAGAGGAGGGGGAGCAACUAGAGGAGGCGGCACAGGUGAAACUACCGCAUCAAUCUCAGAAGGAGGUGACCAGGCAACUUGGUGGCAGCUGGUGGCUCGCAGCCUGGCUGUAGCUCAGCAGCAACAGCAGCAGAGGCCCCAGCAGCGAGGCCAGCAACACAGCCAGCGAGGCCCCGGUCGGAGCUCUGUGAUCACAGAGGCCGAGCAAGUCAGAGCCUACCUCGGAGGCCUGGAUCCAAGAGAGGAGUCUGGCGGAGCUGGAGGGCCCUGGGAAUGCCCAGACUGUGGAAAGCUAUUCCGCAGUCUGCAGCAGGUGGUGGUUCAUGCUCGCGUUCACACUCAGAGGCCCCAGAAAGGAGGCGGCGGCGGCGAAGAGGAGGGGAGUCGUAGAGCAGCAGGGCUUGGAAGAGGAGGCAGCGGUGAAGUAAGACAGGAAUCUCAGCUACAUGGUGGCGGAUCCCAACAAACGGGGGAAGUGAGACAGGAAUCAAAACUGCACAGUGGUGGAUCACAACAAGUAGGAGCAGCUACGGGGUUUCACUCUGUCAUCUCAAGCUUCAAAGGAGAAAAUGGCCUGACAGCAGUCUCCUCCAUACCUUCAGUUCCCACCAGGGAGCGAGUGCGUGGCAGAGGGAUAAAAGACUGCCCCUACUGCGGUAAAGCCUUCCGCUCUUCACAUCAUCUCAAAGUGCACCUGAGAGUUCACACAGGUGAGAGACCCUACAAAUGUCCCCACUGUGACUAUGCGGGCACCCAGUCAGGCUCGCUGAAGUACCACCUCCAGCGGCACCACAGGGAGCAACGCAACGCUUUGUCAGCCUCCUCCAAUUCCUCCUCCAGUGGUCUCACCUCCACCAUCAACAGUCUGACCUCUGGAACCUCUGGGCUGGCCAAGCAGCGCAGAUCACAGCUCAAUCACUGCCCGGUGAACCGAGGCCCAACCGACGCCCCCACCUCUCGGCCCGGCCAGCAGUCCUGGCUCUUGGGGCUCCCAGACCAGCGGGAGCAUCGGAAGGCCUUGGCAGCUCUAAGGGAUGUCGACUUGGAGACCCAGUACAGGUAUCUGUCUGGGGUGAUGGGGGCCCUUUACCAAGGUGGAAUGGAAGGAGGCUGGAUCAGGGAGUCUCCCCCACCAAAGGCCCCUAAAGUGUCCCGUCGGAAGCCUCUUACUACCAGCCGAAUGGUUCAGCCGUCGAGUGACAAGGACGGACCUGCGUCUUCAACCCAAGAGGGUGGGUUUGAACCCCUGGAUUUGUCCCGUCGCCCCUCACCUGGCCUCGGAGGGAUGGAGGAGGAUGGAGGCAUGAGUGUAGGGGAGGGAGGAGGUGUCAGUGGCGGGGAUGGCAUUGGGGAUAGUUCAACAGGGGUCAAACUGAGCCAGUGUUUGUUCUGCCCGUUCCGUACGUCCUCAGCGGAGCUAAUGGCCAUGCACCUCCAGGUCAACCACACCAGUAAAUCCAGGCGCAAAAGAGCCCCCUCUACCGCCUUGGAUGAUGAUGGAGCCCCAAAGGCCACCAAGCACCGCAUGGAUCAGCCUGACCUCGACUCUCUGACAAUAUGGAGGCAUGCGACAGAGGCAGAGUCCCAGGCACCUUUGGGGGAAUGGUCCUCAAUGCAGGCCAAGACCCUGAACGGGCUCUCUGAGGAUACAGAGGACCAUCUGGACGACAUCCUCGACCACCCGGACGUAGCCUCUGUAUCCAAGAAUGUCAGAGACGGUCUGGUGUUCAAGGGGAAGAUGGAGGGGGAUGAGGAAGAGCAAGAGGAGGAGUUGGAAGAGAAUUUGGAGAACAGCAGUCUGGAGGACUCAGAGGACCAGGAUCUGAGGAUGUCUCUUGCUCUUUCACCAGCUCUGAGCUCCAACCACAUGGUGGGAGAGGAGGAAAGAGUCUUAACAGAUUAAUUUGGGAUGACACCGUUUAAAUUGGAGAGUUGGGUUCAAUGUUUUCAACCACAUUUGACACGGGAUUGAAGAAGGGGCAGGUAGCUUUGAGAAAGGAGGAUUCUUGACCCCUGAGGGUUUGGAAAAGGACAGAGAGAAACAUCACAGCUGUUAUUUUCCCUCUGACAUUAUUCGUCUACUUCAGUUCCGACAGUGUGGUCAUCCACAAAAUAAACUUCCUGUACAAAAGAGCAUAGAUGCAUCUUUUCGGGAUUUUGUAGGCCACUUUCUAUUUUUUUUUUCCAAGCUUCACUCCAAGAUGGAUGAAUUUUUAAGGUGAUCUCCUGUUUGAUAAAUGAAAGGAACAUGUUUAAGAUCUAAGGCAUAAUUCCUGCAUCAUUCCACAUUUAUUCCACAUUAAUAAUAUUGGACUGUAUAUCUCAGACUACUAUACUGACCAAGCUAAAGCCAGCUGUGAAGAGAUGCUCUCCUGACUGACCCCUGACCAGUUUGAAACCUCAAACUUCAAGUUCCUCCUCAACCUACACGGACACGGGGGAAAGUUUAGCCAGAAAGGUUUCAAGCUGUGCACCUCAGCUAAGCUAUGUGGUAUUAAUUUAAGGCAUGAGGUAACUGUUGCAGGCCAUGUGCUUUCCCUCGACUAUAUAUCACUGCCUUGUUUGUCUGAAAAGUGUUUCUACACGAUUGUCCUGAAGAAUAACUGAAAGAAACGUUUGUAACUUUUUUUUUUCCUUUUUCAGUUAGUGCCUGUUCAUGUGCGUUGUCAAGAGAGUCUUUGGUAUUCCUGCGCAUCGAGGCUCCGAUAGGUCACUCAUUUUAUCUGAAUAUACAGUUUAAAACAAUUUAAGUACAGUAUAUUUGUUAAAAGUGGUUCUAGGGUGUUGUGAAUAGUUAAGUUGUAAAAGAAAUGCUACAUCGUAGCGCCACGUCCCCGACGUAGACGGCGGACGUUUGUGGCUAAGCUUGAAAAGAAAACAAAAAAAGUAGGUGAUAUACAUAAUGUGAUGAAAAAAAGGUCAAAGGCUGAGUGAUAAAAUGGGGUCAAAAUUCAGUGUUUACAAUAGCGCCGAAUGCGGGUUGGGUUGUCAAGACAACGUAGAUGCGUGGAUAGGAACAAAACUCAGAGCGAGAGUCCGUUCGAGGGCCAUAGCCUCCGAACACAAUCAACUGACGUUAUUUUAAAAGAGACAGAGACUUAGCAACUGUGUCAAAAAAGGAACAAUUUCUCCACAGGAGAAAAGAUACAAGGUAGAGACCGAAAAAGAAAGCAGUACCCCUGCCAAACAGGACUUAAUCUGAGAAACAAACUGUACUCUUGGGGGUAUGGUGUCUUUUAGAUGAGUAGAUUCCCUCUCUUCUUCUUCUUUUUUUUUUAUAAGAAAAGAAAAGACAAUGGUAGGAAUAAUUAUUAAAACACUAACAAAUGCAUAGACAUCCCAGUAGAAUAUGUGUAGCUUUUGUAAAGACAAGAAAAAAACAGCAGACUUUUGUUUAUUUUCAUUUCAAGAUGCUUACAGAAAAAGGUUAUCAAUAUAGGUAAUAUUGAUUAUAAUGUUCGUGAGCUAAGACUAGUUGGAAUGUCUAUACAGAGCACUGUGCAAGGUUUGAGUUCCCAAAGUAGUUGUUUUUAUUUUGACUUUAAUCGAUAGACCAAACGUUUUUUCAAUGGAAGUUGUCACUUUUUGUUGUCGUUUUAAAUGUGUAAAGCUGUGGUUUCCAUAGAUUUACCCCAUCAAUUAGUGGAGGACGGUCGAUCGGUUGUAUCAAAUAUCUAACCGUUGAACUGGUUGUUAAAUUAAGUUCACAUUCAAAGUCAUUUUUUUUUGUGUAAACAUCAACACGUCCAACACAUUCUCACUCCAACCUCGUCAC